UUUUUGGCAGAAAAUUGAAAAUCAUUUCUCACACUUUUUAGUGCACAAUUCUCAAAGUUGGCUUGAAUAAUCAUUGUCACGAGACAGUAACAUUCACCUUGAUCAGAACUUCUUACAGUUAUUGCACAUAUGCUUUGAUCACUUCUGACACUUAGUAUAGCUCACGCUGUUCCUACAAAUAGUUCACUUUUUAUUCAGCAAAGAAUGUGAAGUUCUGUUUCUCUCUGUCAUCUUUACCUCCUUGAUCUGAUCAAGUUUUUUAAUAUACUGCCUGAUAUUAUCAUUAAUGAUAGAAUUUUCUUUGACUAGGGAAUUAUACAUCUGCUUCAUUAAAUUUCGCUCAUUCUCCUUAUAUCGUAUCUUCUCUUUGAUAGCUGUUACCUUUUGCUUGUGUUCUUCGAGAACCUUUUUGGUCAUCUCAAGUCAACUGUGGGUUUUAAGUUCCUUCCUCAUGACAUCAAUUUGGCAAUCUGGACACUCAACUUCAAUGUAGGGUCAAUCCUUAAAUAUGUUCAUUAUGCUCUUUCUCUAAGGCCUCAUGACCUCAAUGUUCAUAGGCUGGGCAUUUAUGUAGGACAAAUUUGUGUCAAUCAUUACUAAAAUGAUUUAGCAUUUUAGUGAUCUUGAUACCUUUCUUUGUACAAAAGAGACAGUCAAACUCAAGAGUAGUUAGAACUGAUUCGUCAUUAUACUUGUAAAGUCCUUUCUUAGUUGGUCUUAUUUGUUCAGUCCCAGUUUCAAUUUUCUCUGUGUAUUCUUGCUUAACCUUGGAUAAAAGAUCUGUUAAAUUUGUCUUGAGCACUGAAAAACACCAGUCGUUAAAGCACCCACGAGGUCAAUUAUCGUAUUCUGAUGAUCAAUUAGGACAAAAGGCUGAAUGGCAUCGAAUUCACUGAUAGUACUGGUCAUAAAUGUUACUGCUUCAGAUGUAGCAUACUUCAUCACUGCAAAGGGAACUUCAUAUUUUAUACUGAAGUAAAUUUUGUUUGAAAACUAAUUUUAAUGUU